CCUCUCUAACCUCCAUUCUUUACUUUUCUCCCCUCUCUCGCCCCUACUAUAUCCCUGCCCUACCACUCGCUCUUCUCAUCACCCCGUCGUCCUCCUCCCGUCCUAGACUCCAGUCCCUACCUGGGCAGCUGGUGAAUCUCCUCCCAUUCGCAGGCGCCGAAGCGCUUUCCACCGCAAAGUGUUUCGUCCAGCAGCUUCUCCUCGGUGACCAUAUGAUGGGUUGCUUCACUGGUCUGAGAUCAAAGAAAAAGAAAAGCCCUCUUGUGUCGAACAAGAAGCAGACCUAUGCAAGGGAUACAUCUUUGAGGCUUCCGGAGCCGGAAGCUCAUGUGCCAUCUUUGCAGUCAGCUCCUUCUAGUUUUAGGAACAGGGCCAAAAUCUGCCAAUCGGCAAAUAAAGUUUCUCACAGCAGAGCACGUGUGCUGUCUGCUCCUUCAAGCCUGAUCCUGGUUGAUCAGGAUGGCCUUCCAUAUGCUGAAUUUGAUGAUCAGGAUGACUGUAGGGGUAAGGGAGGAGCUAUUAAGGCGCAUCGGUUUUCAAACCCAUUGCCCCUUCCUCUUCCCUCACCAGAAGGAAAUUCUUUGAGGAACUUUGGCAGCUUCAAAGCUAUCAAUGCAAGCGGACCACUUGAGACUUCAGGUCCUCUCCCACUGCCUCCAAAGAGAUGUGAUGGACUUAAGAACUUCUCUUAUGAUGAAAUUUCAUCUGCUUGCCAGUGGUUUUCUGGUGCUCAAUGUGUCUCAGAAACUCUGACUUCGACGUCAUAUAAGGCAUCCUUUAGGGAUGAUUUUGUUGUCCCAAAGACGAUGGAAGCAAUAGUAGCUCGACUACUCCCCUCCAAUCAGAGUUUCAAAGAAUUUAAAAUGCAAGUUAAUACGCUGGCAUCGCUUCAACAUCCCAAUUUAUGUAAACUAAUUGGCUUCCAUGCAAAAGAAGAAUCUAGUGAAAGGAUGUUGGUCUAUGAGCUGCUCCAUCAUGGCAGUUUAGACAGGUUACUAUUCGGAAGACCGGAUGGUUGUUUCAUGGACUGGGCUACACGUUUGAAGGUUGCCCUGGGUGCUGCUAAAGGUCUAGCUUUCCUACACGAUGAAGGACCCUUUCAGGCGAUGUAUGAUGAGUUCUCAACUUCAAACAUCCAAAUAGAGAAAGAUUUUACUGCGAAGCUAUCAGGAUAUGGUUGUGUUGGCUUCAAUUCCGAGGAGGAAAGAUCUAGUGCAUCUAUGGCUGGUAAAAACCUCUCGGUAGAAACCUUGGAGAAAGGUGUAUUGACUCCAAAGAGCAAUGUAUGGAGCUUUGGAGUUGUCUUGCUCGAGCUAAUAACAGGAAAGAAGAACCUUGAUGUGCGUUCAUCCAUGGAAGAACGUAAUAUUGUCAAGUGGAGCAGACCUUUCCUCACUGACGAUAGUCGUCUAUCCCUCAUCAUGGAUCCCCGUAUAAAAGGACGCUUUCCUACCAAGGCUGCUCGCACUGUGGCAGACAUCAUUCUGAAGUGCCUCGACAGGGAUCCAUCAGAAAGGCCAACGAUGAGGGCAGUCGUGGAGUCCCUAUUAAGCAUCCAGGACAUAAAGGUUCCCUGCCGAUAUCCUUUGAAAGAACCAUCUACCGCGCCAAGAAAAGUGAUGUUAAAAUCUACGAGUCUCAAUGGCAUUGUUCCUCGGCACCCUACCAUGACCUUCUCGCCAUCGCCGCCAUCAGGAAACCAACACCUUGUCUCACCAAGAUCAUCCACAUCUGCACUGCUUCCUCCAAGGAACUGUUCGUCCAUUAUCACUCUGGAUUACUCCAGGGUAAGCUCAGUCAAGAAAUCACCUCCCAAUAUUCAGCGGAGACCUGGCGUUGAGGGUUUUUGAUUGUCCAUAUUAUCAACUUCUUUUCUUUGCUUUGAUUUAUUUGUUGCUUUGGUUAGCAUAGUGAUUUUAGUGCUAUCUGAUAUAUUGCAAGACAAGUGGCUUUAUGUACGUACUACCCCUUCAGUAGUACUCGCUGAGACCGGCGGAGUGAACUGUAGAUAGAACCAGCUUGUAGAUACUUCUCGUUCUGUGGUUGGAUGGAAGCAGUGUGCUGGGUGGGCGUUGUAACGUUCAUUAUGGAAUAAACUUGGGUUGGCCGGUUGUUAUUCGCUUGCCGUCAAACAUUUCAGCUA